AUGAUUGCUCAGCCCCUCUGGAGGCAGCUACCCGCCACCGCCCCCGGCAUUCCAGCCCUCCUUGUGUCAACGACCUUUGGGCAUGAUUCUUACAGCAUCCAUGUCACCGACCUCGCCAAUGUGUGGGUUGAGAGCCUAGAACGUAGGCAUAUCAUAGGGCGAGCUUACACCACAGGAUCAAGCAUCGAUCCUUGCGAUGGCCCUGACCAGUUCCGCAAGCUGCUCGAACUUAUCGGCGCAGCCUUCGAUGCGAACGACAAGGACCACCCCAAUAUCUCCAUGACCUUGACCAGGGGAGCUGAUGACUCACUUGAGAUUGAGAUUAUUUGUGUUCUCCCCAGGCCUUUGGAGCCCUUCAAGUGGCCAAUGGUCCUGAAAAAAUGCCCACAGUCAACGCUAGCGUCGGAGUUGGUGUUGCCCCUGAUUCAGGCCCAAGAAUCUCAUGCCAGGGAGAUUGACCAACUAUGCUCGCUCAUUCACGAGAAAGAUGUUGUAAUCAAUCGUCUAGUCGACAAGCUUGAAGCCGCAGGCAUUGGGCUGGAACAUGUAUUCUAUGCUUUGUCAGGGAAACGCAGAGUUUCUCGUUCUGUUGCUGAAAGCAAGGUUGGAGGACUUGUUCGGUUCAAUGAGGCUGAGUUCAGGGAAAAGGCUUCACAAUCUCAGUCUGAGUCCGGGCCUGGAGACGUCUCCUCUCUGCUACGCUCCGUGUUCGGAACCAAAGGGCUACAAUACAAGUCUAAUAUGGACUUGGAAGCGUCCUUGGUUCUCAACGACUGGUGGACGAAGUUCAGCAGAGGUAGACGCAUAACCCUUUCCAAGCUUGAACAGCAACAACAGACAACGGCUCCUCCACUUCAACGAGAGCCAACUCCUCCGAAGGACAAGGACGAUGACUUUCAGGUGCACACAACGCCAUCACGGCGGGAUCAAACGCAAGAACCCCCGUCCCGAAAACGAGUCAGUUUAGCUCGGCCGACGACCGCUGACGAUGACGAGACUGCCUCCAGCGGAGAUGAUGAGACAAGUGAGCCGCCACGUUCCGCAAAGGCCCUUACACCGUCAAGGGACCGUCUUGGGCCAAUUGGCGGGAAGAAACCUCCAUCCCCCUCACCUCCACCACCAGCCGAGUCUCAGAAGAGUACAUCAUCCAAGACCAUGGCCAUAGGUGGUGACUCAGAAACCGACUCUGGCACAGCGUCUGAACCAGAUAAUGAUGCCAUGGACACUUCUCCCCCGAAGUCACCACCAAGGCCUCAACCUAGGCGCGGGAUGCUAGGCCAAAUAGGCGGGAAACCCAAGCCAACCCCAGCUCCCGAGCCGAGACGCUCUCCUACUCUAACAGCCUCUGCUCCGCAAGCCAGCCCUGCUCCCAAGCGUCAUAAGUUGGGCGUCAUCGGAAAGAAAGCUGCCAGUCCUACGUCAGAGGAUAGGGGUGCAAGCACUAGUGAUGAUGACAGAGGCAGGAGUAAAGACCCUGUAGCAGAGAACAGGGGAGAAGAGCGGCCGAGGGAGACGUCUCAGGAGCGGGCUGAUAGGAAGCGGGCUGAGCUCGAGAAGAACCUGAAGAAGAAGGCUACUGCUGGGCCGGUGAAGAAGAAGCGUAAGUUCUGA